AGAAAAUCUUCGAAUCGACUCGAUGCCCUUUUGAUGUUUCAUCCACGACUAUUUUCAGUCUCCUGAAAGAAAAUUCCGUGCUGGACUUCGUCUUGCUACAUCGACACAAAACGAACAGUCUGCUACAUCAACACGACCCCCAACCACGCAACGAACAGUCGAAGGAACCAGACCAGCAUCAUGAUGAAUCAGCGCACGGCAGACCAGGGAGCACCUCCAGGUAUCGACGAACGCAUCACGUUUUUCCAG